AUGCAUGAAAAUACUUGGAAAGUAGUGGAAGCAACAACAUCAAGAAUAUUGCAUGAUGUGAAGGUCUUCUUACGACAAACACAAAUUGGUCUUGAAGUUAAUCUCACAGAAGGACAAAAUGUGUUGGGGAAUAGACGGAAGACUUUGUGUAUACAAACAACGUAUCAUAAUUUACGACCUUCGCAUUGCUGUUUUCUCUCAUGCUUGUCUGUCUCGGUUAUAUGA